UAUAGAAGCAUUUGAUGUGAAUAUGUUUCCUUCUUCCUGGUAAUAGAAAGCAGAAUGGGAUUAGAGGGAGAGAUGUUUCAAAUUUAUUAAAAUAUGUGUUUUAGUUGAUAAAUACCUUAUUCCUUCAAUUCUAGUUUUGGAUAUAUUUAGAUUUCCAUGUAGUCUUGAUCUAGACUGUCAGCCCAGAGGGAAUGAGAAGAGAUGAAAAGGAGGAUAAGGUUUGUGGGAUACGUACAUGGAAAUAAAAGAAGGAACUCUAACCUGAUUAUGGAUUUUGAAGAAAGGAAUGCAAAAGGAAAAGAUAAAUAGCAGCUAGCCCUCAGGAAUGACGUCCUUUUGCCACAAUAUCAUUAAUAUUUCCUGUGUGAAAAGUAGCUGGUCGAAUGACGUCCAUGCUUCCCUGUACAGUUUAAUGGUGCUCAUAAUUUUCACCACGGUGGUUGGCAAUCUGAUAGUUAUUAUUUCCAUAUCACACUUCAAGCAACUUCAUACCCCAACCAACUGGCUCCUUCAUUCCAUGGCUACUGCAGACUUUCUGCUGGGGUGCUUGGUCAUGCCUUAUAGCAUGAUGAGAUCUGUUGAGCGCUGCUGGUAUUUUGGAGAAGUCUUCUGUAAAAUUCAUACCAGCACUGAUAUUAUGCUGAGCUCAGCAUCCAUUUUCCACUUGUCCUUCAUUUCCAUUGACCGAUACUACGCUGUGUGUGACCCAUUGAGAUACAAAGCCAAGAUCAAUAUCUUAGUUAUUUCUGUGAUGAUCUUCAUUAGUUGGAGUAUUCCUGCUCUUUUUGCAUUUGGAAUGAUCUUUCUGGAACUCAACUUCAAAGGAGCGGAAGAGAUGUAUUACAAACACGCUCACUGCAUAGGUGGUUGUUCUGUCUUCUUCAGCAAAACAUCUGGAGUUCUGGCCUUUAUGACUUCUUUCUAUAUACCUGGCUCUAUCAUGUUGUGCAUCUAUUGUAGGAUAUAUUUCAUAGCGAAAGGGCAGGCAAGAUCAAUUAAUGAUACAAAUCAGAAGCUUCAGAUUGGGUUGGAAGAGAAAAAUGGAAUUUCUCAAAGCAAAGAAAGGAAAGCUGCAAAGACUUUAGGGAUUGUGAUGGGAGUUUUCCUAACAUGCUGGUGUCCUUUCUUUGUCUGCACAGUUAUGAACCCUUUCUUGGACUAUGCUAUUCCACCCACCUUGAAUGAUGCAUUGAUUUGGUUUGGCUACUUGAAUUCCACUUUUAAUCCAAUGGUUUAUGCAUUUUUCUAUCCCUGGUUCAGAAGAGCACUGAAGAUGAUUCUGUUUGGUAAAAUUUUCCAAAAAGGUUCAUCUAGGUGUAAAUUAUUUUUAGAAUCAAAUCCAUAGAAUUAUUAUCCUUUACUAUUUUGCAAAACAGUUGGUGGUCAUGUUUAUGAAUGCAAUAUAAUAUCAACCACAUGUACCAACUAUAGGGACUUUGAGCAAUUAUUUGAGCCAACGAUUGUAUAGUGACAUAUGAUGCUUCUAUCUUACUUCCUAUUUGCCAUUCUUACUAUACUUAUUGAAGCUUUGCAAGCCAGAUUUAAGGAUUACAGUUUAAAGAAUUUUUCCUGCCCUUACAGGAACUGCCAUGAAAUUGACAGCAGUAUCUUACUCAGUUGCUCAGUGGUAGAAACUAAGGGGCUACAUUUGGAGAUGCAAAUUAGAAUGACUUUGUCAUUCAUUUGAUUGAAUAUAUAUGCCUUAUUGUAAAAUUGACUAAAAUCAUACUUUAUUUUUUUUAAAUCAUACUUUAAAUGCUAUUAUUAAAUAACUGUACAU